AUGUCCUCGCUCGCCCCGAUCCACCGACUCCCACCCGAACUCGUAGACUCGCUCCUCCUCUACGUACCCGCCGACCAGCUACAGUACACCUCGCUCAACCUCAAACAGGUCUUUCCCGAGUUGGCCAUCAGCGAACGACACUUGUUUACGCAUCUCAGAGUGGGCAGGCCUGAACAGUUGAGACCGAUGUGGGAGAGGUUGAGGCGGGAAAAGUACGGCGAGGAUGAGCAGCAGGAGCAUGCCCAGGAGGAUGACGACGACGACGAACGAGGUCUACUCCGCUUCGUCGAAUCAUUCACCCUCGCCUGUUUCUCUGGAGACGCAGACCUGAUGAACAACGUCCUCCGUCUCAUUCCCGCCAUCCGAAGGCUCUCUUUGAACUUGGGGACGAACUUCGCACCGGAACACCUGGCAGAGGCCUUUCAGGUCGAGAGGAAGCGGAUCGAGGUGGUCGAGGUCAGGUUCAGGCCGUAUGUAGAUAGGGCGACGUAUUAUCAGUUUCUAAAGGGCUCCUACUUUGACACCGCCAUCGAGACCAUCACCCGGACCUGGCCCGAGACACCUACCUUUCGUCACCUCUCCAUCGUACAGGACGUCCCCCCGCGUUUCUCGGUACCGCACCUGGUCAAACGGAUGGCCAGGGUCAAGUUGGCGAAAGAGAAGCAGGAACAGAAGCGGUUGUUGCAGGAAGCUCAGGGUGGAACAGCAAGUGGAGAGGUAGAUGUGGACGGGGAAGAGAAGAAGAGGGACGGCCUGCCCUCGUCGGACGAAGCCAACUCGGACUCGGGCUCGGAACCGUCCGACGACGACGAAGCGUGGGACGCGCUCGCCGACGCUCAUCCUGUCGAACCCAAGACGGGGUAUACGGGUCAAGGUCCAUUUCCUUACCUCUCGGGCAGACUGGCGGAUGCUAAACCGAGCACGUUCGCCCAGCCCGUCGUCUUCCACGACAUCACCUGUCUGGCGCGGUUGGCCAGGUCUCCAGGGAGUUGGCACGUGAGGGACUUGAGACUCAGGUGUCCCGGAAGGGAUGUCGUCAAAACCUUGAGCGAGGGAGGAGAUACGCCACAUGACGCGCAGGGGAGACGCUGGUUCCCCCGGCUCAGGUACCUGGACGUCUCCACCUCGAACGUCAGGCUGGACGGAUGGUUGCCCGUCCUCCUGCGACGGUACAGCAAGCUCGAACACAUCGUUCUCGAUCGGACCAACCUGUUCGGAUUCCGGGGGAAAGACUCUGGGCAAAUCUUGUGUGCGGAUCUGGCGAGGAUGUGUGCGGGAAUGGUGGGGAUUCAAAGGGCCAAGGAGAGGGAAAGAGAGUUGACGAGGUUGGAAGAGGUGCAGCGGAGGCGGGAGGCCGUACUGGAGAGGGAGAGGCAGAGGAGGAUCUCGGCGGAACGACCGAUCAGGGAGGAGCACGAGGGUGAAGAAGAUGGCGAGGAUGAGGACGAGGACCAGGACGAGCUCGAGUUUGAUGAGAAUGGUGAUCCGAUCGAGAGACCGCCUCGUCGACGUCGGCCGGUACCCGAGCCGGAACCAGAGCCGGAGCCCGUGCAGUAUCGCGCCAUGGAACGAGCUCGACCGCGUCGAAACCGACGAACCAUCGCCGUGGCUACAUUCUCGGUCCGGGAAAACAGUCGACGGAACAGGACCAACGACAGAGCAGGUGUCGAGGACGAUGCGGAUCUGAUCAUACCUCCACCUCAAUCCGUAUGCAUGGUUCUCCCCUCGCUUUCCAAGCUGAAAUCGGUCAACCUCGGUGGUGAAUCGUUGCCGCUCGAUCAGACUAAACUGGACGCCUGGGAAAAGGGAUUCCGAGCGGGUUGGAAGGACGGGAUCGACAAGGCGUACGAAUGGGCGACAAGGGUCGGGGAGAGGUACGAUCGAGCCCUCAAGGCGGCCGAGGCGUGGAAAUCGGCCGAACAGCUCGAGUUUGGUCAAGGGUCGAAGACGGCCAAGGGGAAACGCGGUCCGUCACCCCUGUUGCUACCUAAUGGGAAACCUCGAACGAGACCGCCACUCGACGUCAGGUUGUACAGGUAUCCCUGGCCGCAGGAGACGAUCAGGGAAGAAGACGAGGUUGCUGAUCCAGACGAUCCGUACGCCGGGUUGAUCAGGGUUGAGACCGAUGAAAAUUGGAAGGACGUCUAUUUACGCUACCUGGGCGAAGCUGGCGAAAGGUGCGCGGCCGAUGCGACGAUCGUCAACCAGGACGGUCGAGUCGACCCAGUGCCCAAACCAGAGAUUUCGAGCUCGACCUUGGCGGGUCCGGUGCUUUGUUGCAUCCCGGACUGCGAGGGGCCGAUGCGACGGGGAGACGGCGGAGAGAGGGUCGAUGGGAGAGCCGGGAUGAAGCUCGUCAACGGACGCGUCGUCAUCCGAGGAGGGUUCAAACACAAGCCAGGCUGCGGACACGCUUAUGCUGCCAAUGUCUGGUCGAAUCAGGUGUGA